GAGCGCACAGUAACGCUGCUCUCUUGACACUGCACUGUCCUUCGCUAUGGCCGCCGUCAGGGCUCUGGUGGCGCCGAGACUGGCUUCUGCGCUCGCACCGCUCUCGGGGCGCCACCGUGCUCCCUCCCAGCGCGCAGCCCUUCAUAGCUCCUCACCGCGGCCCGGGGCCAGGGUGGCGUUGGUGCUGUCAGGCUGCGGUGUCUAUGACGGAACCGAGAUCCACGAGGCCUCUGCGGUCCUGGUGCACCUGAGCCGAGGCGGGGCUGAGGUCCAGAUCUUUGCUCCUGAUGUCCCUCAGAUGCAUGUGAUUGACCACACCAAGGGACAGCCUUCCGAGAGUGAACGCAGGAAUGUUUUGGCAGAAUCAGCAAGGAUUGCCCGAGGCAAGAUCACCAACCUGACCCAGCUCAAUGUUGCCAAUCAUGAUGCCGCCAUUUUCCCCGGAGGCUUUGGAGCUGCCAAAAACCUGAGCACGUUUGCUGUGGAUGGGAAGGACUGCAAGGUGAACAAGGAGGUAGAGCGUGUCCUAAAGGAGUUCCAUGGGGCCCGGAAGCCCAUCGGCUUAUGCUGCAUCGCACCUGUCCUCGCAGCCAAAGUGAUCAAAGGUGUCGAGGUCACCGUGGGCCACGAGCAAGAGGAGGGUGGCAAGUGGCCUUAUGCUGGGACUGCAGAAGCCAUCAAAGCCCUAGGUGCCAAGCACUGUGUGAAGGAUGUGACCGAAGCUCAUGUAGACCAGAAGAACAAGGUGGUCACGACCCCGGCUUUCAUGUGUGAGACUGCACUCCAUCACAUCCACGAUGGGAUCGGAGCUAUGGUGAAGAAGGUGCUGGAGCUCACCGGAAAGUAGCGCUGCUUGGGCCAGUCAACCUUUCUGGGUCCCGUUCAGCAAGGACACAGGAGUUGCCGUUUUGUUAGAAGCAUAGUCGCUUUUUCCUGAAGAAGCAGCUUUGCCUUCAUCCAUGCCAGGCUUGACCCAGCUCCUUCUACCAGCAGGAGCUCCGAGCUCCUCCAUGGACCCCAAGAAGCAGCAGGAGCUUCAGCGGUGGGGGACUUGCCUCACUGUGUAUCCCCAGCUUCUCCAGAGGACCUGGUUGAAGCACUUACAUUCUACGAUCCUAGGUCAGAUGGGCCAGAGUACUUCGGUUUCAUUUUAUCAGACCACUGUCUGGUAUUCAGAAAUACCUUGUUCAUGGAUGAAGAAAAGUAAACACAAGCUAACUAAAGCCAGGGAAAUUCUGUAGCAGGCAGUCCCUGUGGCCACAGAAUAAACUUUUCCACACUGAAAA